GCUUGCGAGACUUGAUUACAGCAUGCUCAGAACAAGAACCCGGACGGGAAUCAUUAUCUCGCCGGCCGUAUAAAACCUCCGGUGACCUCUCUUAAAAAAAUGGAGCUUCCGAUGAUAUUCCGGGCGCCGAAUCCCCCUCUACCGUUCUUUCCGGGCUGCAAAGCUGCAAUCUUUCACGAAUUUCCGGUCAAUUUCAUCAAGAACAAGAAGAAGAAAAGCACGGCUGGUAUUGCGGUGGUUAGAGUCAAGGCGACGGCGGAGAGAACUGGCGGCGACGCCGUGGAAGGCGGAGCAGCGGCGGAGAGAGAUUCCGCGGCGGCCGGAGCUGCCGGGACGUUCACGGGACCCACUAUGGAGGUCACCACGCUCAACCAGACCUUCCGGGAAGCCGAACUUCCAGUUUGGGAUAAGAUCGGUGCAAUCGUGCGUCUUAGCUAUGGAAUCGGAAUAUAUGGUGCAAUGGCUUUAGCUGGAAGGUUUAUAUGUUCCAUGACGGGAAUAGAUAGUACAGGAGGGUUCACGCCAACAUUAGAUGCGAUUGUUGAAGGGUUGGGAUACGCGGCCCCUCCAAUCAUGGCCCUUCUAUUUAUACUAGAUGAUGAAGUUGUGAAGUUAUCGCCUCAUGCUCGUGCCAUUAGAGAUGUUGAAGAUGAGGAGCUACGAAACUUCUUUUAUGGCAUGUCGCCUUGGCAGUUCGUUCUGAUCGUUGCUGCAAGUUCUGUCGGGGAGGAGCUAUUUUACCGAGCUGCUGUCCAGGGAGCUUUGGCAGACAUAUUCCUUAGGAGCACGGAUUUGGUCACUGAUGCUCGCGGGAUGGCAUCUAUGACUGGGGUUUUGCCACCAUUCGUCCCAUUUGCUCAGGCGUUUGCUGCUGUUGUCACUGCUGCUCUUACGGGUUCUCUUUACUAUAUGGCUUCCUCUCCAAAAGAUCCCGCUUAUAUUGUUGCACCUGUAUUGAAGACUCGUUCGGGUCGUGAAGAUCUGAAAAAGCUAUUUGCAGCCUGGUAUGAGAGGCGGCAAAUGAAGAAGAUAUACUCUCCCUUGCUAGAAGCAAUUCUAGCCCUCUACCUCGGUUUCGAAUGGAUCCAGACGGAUAACAUUCUCGCGCCCAUCAUCACGCACGGUAUAUACUCGACUGUCGUUUUGGGGCAUGGGCUGUGGAAGAUCAACGAUCACCGGAGAAGACUACGCCAGAGGAUCCAACAGCUCAAACAGGAAGGAAAACAGUCAAGGGAUCAGUGAUGGAUUGGAGCUGUGCAUGGUUUGGGAAAAUUUUGUAAAUUAAUAUAUAGAGCUUCUUGUUGCUAUUAUUAGUAGUAUAUGCCAUACAUAUAUUAAGUAUAUAUCUUGGAAAAAGUAAUUUUGUACAUUGUAUAUGAACAUACUAGCUUAACAGACACAAUCCCAUUUAACUGUAAAUGGUAACUUUUGUUGAUCAAUCAAUGUAAAAGAGGCCUUCUUUUCAA